AUGGCCUCAACCAGUGCAACUGGCGCAACUGGCGCCGCCGCUGAAGCCAUACCAUCGACCGAUGAUACCUGGAAACUCGCACAGAAGUUACGUGCCGCGAUUCACAAGGAACUCGAGCACAUCCAGAAGGGCGGCCCAGGAACGAAUGAGAUUGCCCGUUUCGAAAAGGUCGAGAAGUUGAUGCAGAAUUACCGUCUUGCCUGUAUCGAAACUAUUUGGCUCGACCUCCGUGCUGCGAACGAAAAAGGCGCCGAGGAUGUUCUCUGGUCCACACAUACCCUCGUCACCAAGACCUACCGGAAGGUGCUCGGAAGGCAGGGCAAUGACCAUGUCGUCCUUAAGCGGAAACUUGAGAAGCUCUACUCGAACUAUCUCAAAACAGCACAAUACUUCUACAGGGGCUAUUUGCAGCGGGUUUGUGCACGCUACGACAACCCCGAUCUCAAACGGAUCGCCCAACGGGCUGAACUUGAGGCAAUGCCCCUGCCAGAAAAGGACAAGGUCGACACUGCGGCGGCGCAGCUGGACACCAUUGUCAAGCAAUCCUGCCACAAGACCCUCAUAUAUCUUGGUGACCUGGCCAGAUAUCGCACUCUCCUGCGUACCAAGGACCCCAAGUGGGAGGGCGCUCUCUCGUACUAUCUCUUGGCGAAUGAGCUGAUCCCCGAGUCUGGAUACGGCCACCAUCAGUGCGGAGUAAUCUGCGUCGAGAACGAGGACCAUCUCCAGGUGGUGUACUACUUGUACCGCGCCCUAGCGUGCGCUCUUCCCCACCCGAAUGCCUCGUCAAACCUCGAGCGGGAGUUCCGUGACCUCCAGAAACGGAAGGACAUCACCACCAAGCAUGCACUGGUGACUUGGUUCGUUAAGCUCCAUGCUUUCUAUUCUCAAGGAAAGGAAUUCCCUGAGCGAAAGGAGCUCGAGAGUGAGGUCGACCAUCGGCUUGGCCUGGCGAUGAAGACUGGAACCGGAUAUGGCUCCGACUUGGAUAUGCUCAAGAUGGUUCUCAUUAACAUCACCGCAUAUGCCGCCGCGCAGGACAAAAUCAACAAGAAAUGGACUGACGAGGGCUCCCUGUCCUGCCAGUUUAUCCUGCUCCUCAACUUGCGCACCAUCACCGCCAUCGCACGCCUACUUGGAGAGGAAAUUGCGGGCAUCAUUAAGCGCAUGGGCGCAGAGACCCCAACUGGCACCUCAACUCCUUCCCAAUCAGAACCCACAACUAAGUUCACCCCUGCUCUGAAUCGUGUCUUGACGCUGCUGCGAGUCUACAUGGCCUGGCUCUGCUCUUAUGGAUCGCAGUUGGUUGAGUUCCGGGCUCAUCUCGAACCGCAACUUGGAACCAUGUGCACGACACUAAGCAACACCCUGACCCUCUUGUUCGAAUUACUUGGAGGUGACGAACAACUUGGAAACACGGUGUCGUGGCGCUUUCCCGAGGACGAUAUUACCUUGGGCAUCGACUGCCUCAAUGGACCCAACCUGCAUGACGGCUGCCAGCUCUAUUACGAUGCCUUCGCCCGCAAGCCUAAACCACGCCGUGAAGACGUCGCUGGUGCUGACUACAUCGAAGACGACGUUACCUUCACUCGUGCACUUGACGUCCUUCUCUGCGGCUUGGACUUGUCUAUGCCAGAAUCGAGGUUCCCAUUUGCAACGUCCGCAGUGAAAAAAGGAUCCCGGGAGCUCACGACGUUUAUGUAUCUUGAGAGAGGGAAGCCUGAGCCUACCCCAAAUCUACCACCGGCUCAGCAUUUGACACCAACAGCUGUUCCUGCUGCCCUUGAACAAACCCCCAAGAUUCUGGCAGCGGCCCUAAGUCCUUGUGAGUCUAACGAACUCUCCGAGGAUCAGGACUUUUAUGGCCCAAAUCUACGAAAUGCUGUCGGUUAUGGGUCCCGAAGUGGGCAAGUGCCAGCCCCAGUUAUACCAACGCCAACAGCGCCGGUUUCUGAGUUUCCCAUUGAGAGGCAGAUGUUCAAUAUCCUGAACGAGUUCAUCAACCCACCAGAGUCUACUCUCUUAUCCAAAUCCAAGACACCGAGCCACCCGCCUGCGCGAACAAGCCCGUACGGUAUGGACUCUGCAGGUGUGGCUGAGGCUUUUGGGGCCGGCACUUCAAACAGCCCGACGCCGGGCUCAGCUGGGGCAAAGAAAUUCCCAACUUUGCCCUGGGAAUACUUUUACAAACCGCCGGCCAACCCUACCUUGCGCUCGGAUACGAACGCCAUGGCCGCGAGCUGGGGAGCGAACGGCGGAGGGAUUUCACGGCCGACAAGCUCUGGAAAUGCAGCCCAAUUCGGUGCUGGGGCUACCAUUGGCAACCCGCUCGCGCACCAAACCCACCAGAGGUACGGCAGCCUAGGGCAGUCAAAGCCUGUCGAGAACCAGGCCGAUAUGCUUCAGUCUUCAGAGUCGGCAUCCGGCCGAGCUGGCCUGCCCCAACAGGCGUACAGCCCUAAGGGAGCAUGGCCCAACGCAACCGCGGAGGGCUUGGUUUCUGCGCUUGGAACGCCUCCUAUCCUCCCGCAACAAAGAACUUGGGCUCCCCCAUCAAGCCCCUGGCAGAAUGCCAACGGCCAGGUCCCCCCUGCCACCACUGGCGCUGCCCUCAACUCAUCCUUCUCGACUUUCAAUUUCUCCUCCAAUGCGUCAAGCCUUCCGCAAGUUUACAGCCCCUGGGGCAUACCCGCAGCGGUGAACAGGUUCCCGGCGGCGCAAUCCCCCUCUUCGCCGAGCCGGGCUAGCGCCGCAUACACCGGAGGAGCAAUCCCAUCACCGUCGGGCAGCAGAUAUGCGACCGACUACGCUAGCGCCAUGGCCAGUGGACACAUUCAACAGAACUCUUUCGCUGGCGCCUGGCCCGACGCUCGGCAGCCGCGGAACGGGUCGGUUGCCCAGCAGCCCCUUGGUCAGGUCGACAUCUGGAGCGAUCUGAUCCGGCAGCAGCCUACCGUGGGCGAGAAGGCUAACAGGAAGUCGGUCAUGCAGCAGGGUAUGCCCAAGCGUUGA